AUGGAGACAAACGAGCAACCAACGAUUAUCCGGAGACGUGAUUCAACUACUUCUACUAUUAGUUUGUGGGAUAAAUUGCCUGAAGUAAACUCUACGUUCGCUGAUAUUGCCAAUGAAGACGAUUUACUUGAUGAAAAUGAUGAUAGUGACAAUGAUUUUGAAAAUUCAAACGAUAUAAAUACUUUUUCCAGAUCUUUACAUGAACGUUCUGCAUCAAAUCCCAAUCUUCAAAGUACACAGCACACUACUCAUCUGUGGAUUUCUGAAGAGUAUAAUCAAGUUAAACUGAUCGUGCAUGAAAUGCAUGCUGACAAUGCUAAAAAAGAGCUCGAAAGCCAUUUAUCAAGUCGAGGUAAUCGAUGGAUAGCGAAUGCAGACGAACAUUUUCGUUCAUGGCAUUUUGGUCUAUCAUUCAUAUGUUUUCAACUGGAACGUUCACGUUCGAUUGAUAUAAUGAGACUUGUAUCUGUCCGACAUUUUCCUUUUUGGCUCAGGUUUACAAAUGGUAUACAAUGUCAAAGACGUAUUAAAUCAAAAUCUGAAGGCAUUAAACGAAUUCAUUAUGGAUGUUCACCAUCUUAUCGUGCUUCCCUUCGCUAUGGCGCAUUGACUAAAAUGAACGAAUUCCAGUAUUCGUGGGAACAUUCAUGGUCAAAUCAGCCAAAAUCGGGAUGGUCACUCCAUAUAAACAAUGAUUAUUCGAGUGGAUCUGUCGAAUGGAUAAUGGAAAGAUCGCAAGAACGUAGCAAAAAAAAACUAUUGGCAAUGAAUAUUGAUCAUGCCGUCAUUAUUCAUUUGUUACCAGACGGAUUUGCAAUGUAUAUUUGUCAGACAUGUAAUAUGAAUGAAUUUAGUGCCAGGGAAAAAACCAACAAUGUCGUUAGAAAACAGCCUUUUCCUUUGACUCCUCAUCACGAUAGGGGUCCAUUGAGACCAUCAUUUACAGAUAAUCAAUCUUCACGAAGACCUAAGUAUGAAAAAUAUAAACGUUCCAGUGUGCAGAAUGGAGUCUAUUUUUCGACUGUUCAAUUCGAGCUUCGUAUCGAUCCAGAUCAUUUAACGAAUGAAAACGCUCAAAAUACAGUUCGUCAAACGUAUAAACUACUCACUGAAUUUUUCAGUUCACGUAAUAUCACUAUUUGUCAUGCUGAAAUUAACGCAUUGCAAGGUCCAGAAGUCAAUCCAUUUCCUACUCUCAGAUUGCCGACUCUUAUCAUGAAAUAUGCAUGGCAAAUGCUCAUAAAUAUUGGCUAUCGUUUACAAAUUCAAAUAGACCAACAAUUUUGUAAUAAUCUAUGUCAAUUAAGUAGAGAAAAAGAUAAUGCUGAUGAUUUAUUUUAUCGUGUCUGUGUUUAUCUUUCGCGUUUAUUUGCACUUGAACCUUUUGUCAAUUUAUCGGAUAAAUUACAUGAUGCUGUAACUGAAUCGAAACGUAAAAGAGAUGAUAGUGCUUUUGGAUUGAUCAGUAGUUUGGAUGUACAGAGCAAUACCGAAACCUACGUACCAUCGAUAACAUUAACACCAACAGCUUUCCGAAUAAAACCACUGAAAUUGUGUCGAACGAAUCGGGUUCUUCGAGAAAAACAAGAAUUUGGUAAAGCAUUGGAAAAUUUUGCCCUUGUCGAAAUUCGUGAUGAAAAUGGUCGACCAUUACAGUCAUUUCAUUUUCGAGAUUUACAUCGUUUCUUUUUGGAAUAUAUGCAAAAAGGUUUUACUUUAAUGGAUAGUAAUCGAUGUUAUCAAUACUUGCAUCACUCAAAAUCACAAUUACGUGCCAGUCAAUUUUGGUUUUAUCAUCAUGAACCAGGAUUAAAUCGAUCAUUGGAAGAAGCUUAUAAAUGGAUGGGCACAUUUGACACAAAAGGAAAUGUUGCAAAAUGCGCUACUCGUAUAGCUCUAUGUUUUUCAACAACCACUCCUACUAUUAAUAUCGAUAAGAAAAAUGUUCACUACAUUCCUGACAUCAAAACAAAGGAUGGUAAAUUGACAUUCACUGAUGGAUGUGGUACUAUGUCAGAACAAUUACGAAAUGAUAUUCAGAAAGCACUUGGCAAACGAUGCUUCAGUGCUGUGCAAUUCCGAUAUGCAGGUUUUAAAGGUGUUGUCAGUGUCGAGCCACAUCUGGGAUCAGGUUAUCAUCUAUGUAUUUGUGAUAGUAUGAUUAAAUUCGAGAGUGAACAUCAAUGCUUCGAAGUAUGUAAAAUUUCUGCACCUCGAUCACUUUAUCUUAAUCGGCAAGUCAUUCUUCUUUUAUCGUAUCGACAAAUACCUGAUGCUAAUUUUCUUAUUCUUCAACAACGAAAUCAUUUGAGCCUUAUUCAGGCUUUGUUAAGAAACGAUUAUGCUAGAAAUUUACUUGACGAAAAAUUACCAUACUGGUUUUUGCCUAAUGGUGCAGAAAUUGACUUUGUUCGCGAACCAUUCUUUCGACAACUAGUUAUAGCUGCGUGUCUUAAUUCAGUACAAGAUCUACUUCGGCGAACACGUAUUCGUGUUCCACGCAAUAAAGCUAGAAAUAUGUUUGGUAUUAUAGAUGAGUAUAAUGUGUUAAAACCGGAUGAAGUUUUUAUUCAAUACACUCAACUUAAUGAUCGUGACAAUAAAGAUGGGAGUGGCAUAUAUCAAAAAACAAGUAUUAUUGACAAUUGUAAGGUUGUUAUCACAAAAAAUCCUUGUCAUCAUCCGGGUGGCAUUCGAACAUUUACUGCUGUCAAGCAUGAAGUAUUGAAACAUCUUAAAGAUGUCAUUGUCUUUUCACAGCAAGGCGACUGUCCAGCACCUCAUCAGAUCAGUGGAUCUGACCUCGACGGUGAUGAAUAUGCAGUGAUAUGGCAUGAAGAUCUUGUUCCAACUCAAAGUCAUAAUGCUGUACCAUAUGAUUAUGAUUCGCAGAACAUAUUGCAAGUACUCUCACGAUCCAUUCACCGUGAAGACAUUAUGGAUAUUGUAUUGAAAAUAACUGAGAGUGAUUAUUUAGGACGAUUAGCUAAUUUAGAGUUGGCAUAUGU